UAUUCUUCUGGAGUUGCAAAAGGACCUUGCAAGAAAGCGGUUUGUGCAAAGCUCCAUGGAAAUGUGUGAACGGAAUCCCUUAAAUCCCGGCUAUGUUGGUUCUCUGCUGAAUUUCGCUGCCCCAGAAUCGCUCUACUUCACCAACCUUCGCGGCAAUGGGGCCCAUAUACCAGGGCUGCAUCAGCUCCCUGCGUAUAGCAGAAGAGAGGUUUGCGCGCACCCGUGGUCUCCAUCAAGUUCGUGUGCGGCGGCUCCUCCGACUCAGAGCCGCCCCUUCGGAGGCUUCUGCCCGCCGUUCACCGGCUCCACCGGCGGCCUUGUCAAGGCGCACCCGGAGGAACGUGACCACGCUCGGUGCUUCGAAAAGACCCAGGAGGCUGGCAGGCUACAGGAAGCGGCGUAUGCUGCGUCGGAACACGGGAUCCGUGGAAUCUCAGAGUUAGAAACAGAGUCACACUGCUCUGAGACUCAGCUUGAUCCGGAUUCAUCAGCGCCUCUGCGCGGCACCAAGCAGGAGCACAAACCCACUGAGGCACCAUCAAAUAACGCGUGCUCCAGGACCACAUUUGGCCAAGGUGCCCCCUGGUGCUCCUCGCACGUGAAAGCCCGAAAGAAGAGGAAGCCUUACACGAAGUCCCAGCUCGCUGAACUUGAGAAUGAAUUUCUGCUGAACGAGUUCAUCAAUCGCCAGAAGAGAAAGGAACUGUCAGACAGACUCGCACUAAGCGACCAGCAGGUGAAAAUCUGGUUCCAGAACCGCAGGAUGAAGAAGAAGCGCCUCAUGAUGCGCGAACACGCUUUCGCCUCGUACUGAUGUGACCUUUGGACUUGAUCCUGAACCGGCUGGGGAAUUAUUCCAGACUUGCUGUGUCGUCCCUUCUCUGUUUUCUGUAUGUCUUCGCUGGUAUUAAAUUGUACGUCUCAUUUUUAUUAUUUGGAGUCGUGGGAAUGUUUUUGGAGCGGAUUAUUGAGCACAAAGCGCACGACUGCCACUCUACCGACCAGAUGUCUGAUCCUAUAUUUGCUCCUCUCUGUUUUCUGUCUCAGACAACAAAAGCACUUUGGCUAUUUUUAGGUAAGGAUGCCAGGAAAGGACCGCUUUCGCUUAAACCGGGAGUAUUUUCGCUACACAAACGGGCACACUGUUGCACGCAAACACAUUUUGUUUCAUGGGACAAAAGUAAAAAGGUUAAAAUAUUAAGAUUUAAUGCUGAUAUUUCUUAUCUUAGAGCGCAAAGUUCGUAUUAGCUCAAGCUAAAUGAUAACAUUUUUCUUUUAUCGGAAUUCUUCUUUUUUUUUUUUUACUACGAAGUUGUAUUUCGCGCGAAGGUUGUCUAAUGAUGACUCAAGUGGUUCCCUAGUAACAUUACUGUCAAGAUUGAAUGAUUAAAUAUUACCAAAAAAUGUAGUAAAUUAUGUCGUGGUGACAUGUCCUUUCUAUCACACGUUUCGGCAAAGGAAAAUUCGUGCCCGCCUAUUUAAUUCCUUUCUGAAUAUACUUUAUAAUCUUUUCAAUUUUAUUUUCGUUUAUUUAUUUCUUGCUGAGCGAGUCGUUUGUUUGGGUAACAAUUUAAACGAGCAAUGUGAGUUAAUGUGGAAGAAUCUGAGGGUGCUCCAUUAAACAAUAUAUAUUUGUUGUCUUUUUUUCCCCAUAUGGUUGCAAAGUGACUUGGUUCUUUUAUUCGGUUUAAUGCAUGUCGAAAGGGCAUUCGAGUGCCUCUCUGAAUGUUUUUUAAACACCAGAAAUGAUGCAUCUGUGGAAUUACAAAGAAAACCACGAACAGUCUCCUUCACGGACGGUAGGAAAAAUGGGUCGGUAGUCAGGACGCAACACCAUAAGACACGCAUCUGUAAAUAAACGUAAUUUUAAAAUAUUUGUUGUUGAAUAUUAUUGUAUAAUAUGUAUAUAUGGCGAUGUUUGUUCGUGUGUCAAUCAGAUACUCAGAUAUUUGCUCAGUGGAAUCUGUACAGCUUUUGCUAUUAGUUCUCUCUGCAGUUCUGCAGAAGUGAAACAGUAGUGGAGGGGUCAGAAUUUACAAGCGCUCCGCUGCUUCAAAUGCGUGCAACAAAGGGGUAAUCAUUAUUUUUAGCCACAUAGAUUCCAUAAUAUCAUCGUUCCUGGAUAUUAUGUUAUGCACAAUGUUUGUUGAAUUUGCAAUCAUUUAAGCCCACUGCGCUUAUUUUUAAAUAACUUUCUAAUUCCACUCAGCAGUCUUGCAGGGGUGAAAAAGUAGUGGAGAAAACAACGGAUCAGGUUCUCUCACUGCCACUACUGUUUGACAUGCGCACACGCAGCGAUGAGUAAAUGUUAAUUUUAGCCCACAAGAUCUCCAUAAAACAUUAUCUCCUGAAUCCAGCACUCAGUUUGAUACCAAAUACCCCAGCAGUUAAUUUCACCUUGUUUAUUUAUCUGCGUAAAUCUUCCUCGACGUGCAUUACACAGCAGCCGCAACCAUCACCCACAGUGGGCAAUUCCUGUGGCUGUGACCUAUCGUGUCGGAUGUAAUUCAAUAGUCAAACACCUCCCGAGUAUCUCUAUUACGCUUGGUGCACAUUAAAAGACCCCAAAGCAGA